AUCGAUAGCUGGUAAGAUCGAUUUCUCAUGUCUGUAUUUUUGUUUUCAGUAGUCGAUUACUUAGGUCUGUUAUCAAAAUGGCGGCAAUCGCGGCAACGAAUCCCUCGCAGCUUUUACCUCUCGAGCUGGUGGAUAAAUGCAUUGGCUCACGGAUUCACAUCGUCAUGAAGAACGAUAAAGAGAUUGUGGGAACUCUGCUCGGAUUUGAUGACUUUGUCAACAUGGUUCUUGAGGAUGUGACAGAGUUUGAAAUCACUCCAGAAGGAAGAAGAAUCACAAAGCUGGAUCAGAUUCUACUGAAUGGCAAUAACAUCACAAUGUUGAUUCCAGGAGGAGAAGGACCAGAAGUGUGAAAUAUGUAGCACCUUCCACAAAAUAAAUAUACAAUUUAUGUUCCUGUUUCAUGAAAGAAACCUGAAAAUUGAUCACUUAUUGUUUUCAAACAUCUAUUUUCAUUUUAUGAGAGGAGUUUUUCCACAUUAGUUCUUUCUAUUCUUUAACCGAUCCAAAAAAGUUUUUGUAAACUUUUGUUGCUUGUUACAAUAAAACAAAUAAAAUGAA